UCUCUUUCUCUUACAAUACAGACGAGUGAAGGCAAGUGCUGCACGUGUGGUUUCUUAAUCUUCUCCGGUUACUAUUCUCUUAAGGGUGCAAUAGGUGCAUCUCACACUGUACUGAGUACUGGGACCAGAUAUGUUGAAAUGCUACCAAAACAACUACAUUGCCUGCUUUUUGUAGUAAUAGCUGGUGGGAUAAUUAUUUUCUGGUUGGUCUCUACACCUGCAUCUCUCCGUUUCACUGUCAAUCAGUCUUACUUUAAGCCUUCCUUUGAGAAGGGUUUAACAUGGCUCCAGGUACAGCAACAGAUUUUGCUGAAUCACAGUUUGCAGACCAAGCAAGCCAUGCUUAUGGAACCAGUGAGGUCUGACGUGCUGACUGUAACCCCAUGGCUGGCUCCUAUUGUCUGGGAGGGGACCUUUGAUCCCCAGGUCAUAGAUGAGGCCUUCAGGUCCUACAACCUCACCAUUGCCACCACUGUGUUUGCUGUGGGAAAAUAUACUCGUUUUCUCCGUGACUUCUUAGAAUCAGCUGAGAAGCACUUCAUGGUGGGGCUGAAUGUGCAGUACUACGUGUUUACUGAUCUACCAAGUCACGUUCCUAUCAACGUGACUCUGGGUGUCGGCAGACAGCUCAAAGUCGUGAAAGUGCCGAAGUUUGACCGCUGGCAGGAGAUAUCCCUCCGCCGCAUGGAACUCAUCCAGACUGCUAUAGAGGAAUACAUCCACCAAAGGGCGAACUACAUCUUCUGUCUUGACGUAGACAUGAUCUUCCAUGGCCGUGUGGGACCAGAGGCUCUGGGGAAACUGGUGGCUGCUAUACACCCCUGGUUCUACUGGGUACCCCGGAGCCAGUACCCCUAUGAGCGGAGGACAAUCUCCAAAGCCUACAUCCCCCAAGACCAUGGAGACUUCUACUACCAGGCCAACAUAUUUGGAGGAGCAGUGGAGGAUGUUCACAGACUGACCAAGACAUGUAGGGAACACCUGGAGAUGGAUAAGUCUGCUGGAGUGGAGGCUGUUUGGCAGGAGGAGAGUCAUCUGAACUGGUACCUGUUGAAGAACAAGCCCACCAAGCUGCUGUCACCUGAGUACGUCUGGGAUGACCUUAGAGGACAGGGCACCAAGGAGAUUAAACUGGUCCGCUUCUCCUCCAUCAUCAAGAACAAGGCAGAGGUCAGGGAGAACCCUUGAGGGGAGAGGGGAAGAGAAGAAGAAUGAAAAAGCUAUGAGUAGGAGACAGCAAAUGUACUUCAAUCACAGACUGCCUUACUUUACUUUGCUGUAUUUUCAUAAUGACUCAAAGUGACUAUUUACUGUAGAGAAGGUUAUACUCUGUCACACCUGAUUCAAAUGAUCAGCUCAUUAUCAAGUCCUUCAUGAGAUACAUCGGGUCUAUUCCAUUGUUGAAACACAACAAAUUCCUCUCUGUAAUAUGAUUUACAAUCAGAAGUCUUCAAACAUAGAUAGCAGCUGGUUAUGUCGAUUUAUUCGGUUGCAUGGGAGCAAGUCAACAGCACGUCAGAAUCAGAAGAUAGAGCAACCCAUCCUGCACCACUAGUGUAAGUCUUAUGGUUACAGGGGGCUUUAAAUACUCUUGACCAAAAGGUGUGAUUCUUUGUUUCAAAAGGUGUGAAAACUAAGGAGUACCCCCCCAACCAACCACACACACACCCACACACCCACAAUAGUGCGCCGCGGAUUACUUGUUAUUCAGAAUGGUGGUCCCUGGCACAGAACCAGUUGAAAACCCCUGGUUUAGAACUUGCUUUCAGCCUCCAGUAACUUGACUAAAGAAUUAGAAUGUUAAUAGAAUAUUUCAAACAUUCCUUCAUUCAUCUUCAUCCGCUU